GUGGUGGUACAGGGAUUUACUGUAAAAUACUCUCCUGAUGGUCUGGACAUUCCUGAGGAUACCUUUCAUCAAAAGCAGGAAUACAGCUGUGAUGAUCCGACUUUACCCAAAGACAGAUCUUUAAUGAUUAGCACUACAUAUGCACUAGCUUACAAGAAGCAGCCACCCUAUGGGUCCCAGACCGGAUUUGUCUGAAAUAAUGUUUUUGUAGAUGCAGCUUCAUGAUGACUGUGAAUGAAGCCCUGUUAUUCAUGAGGAUCUUAUUCCUGCCACAGUGGUUCUGGGUGAUUCUGUCUUUUCCUGCGUUCAUGCAAGCUGAACGAUACCAGUAUCACAGCACUCCAGAGAUGGUGACUCCAUUGAAAGUACCUGGCACAGCUAGAGGGAUGAAGCUACCAGGGUGGCUUUCCUACAGCCUGCGCUUUGGUGGCCAGAAACACAUUAUCCAUAUAAAGGCCAAGAAACGUUUGCUAUUCAAACACCUCCCAGUGUACACCUACACAGACCAGGGCUCUCUGCUCGAAGACUACCCUUUUGUUCAGAACGACUGCUAUUACCAUGGUUAUGUAGAAGGGGAUCCAGAAUCCUUAGUUGUUCUCAGUACUUGUUUUGGAGGCUUUCAUGGAAUGUUGCAGAUAAAUUACAUCGCUUAUGAAAUCAUGCCUGUAAAUUUUUCUACUACAUUUGAACAUUUGGUAUAUAGGUUGGACAGAGAGGAGACACAACCCUCAACCAGAACAUCUGAUAUUGUUCAAGAUGAAAUGGAAUACCAAAUGGAAUUUGAAGAUAUUAAUAAUUCCACUCUCAAGCAAAGACCUUAUGGGAGUUGGUGGGUCCAUUAUAAGACUGUUGAAACUGCAGUAGUGGUUGACAAUUAUAUGUACCUUCAUUAUAAAAAAAAUGAAACAAAGUUGAUGGAGGAUAUAUUUAUUACAAUGAAUAUGGCAGACUCCAUUUAUGAUAUUUUGGGAAUUACGGUAUUAAUUUGUGGCUUGGAGUUCUGGACUAAUCCAAACCCUGUGGUAGUAGAUGAUGUAAGAAAAUCUAUGGAGAUAUUUUGCAACUGGAAAGCUGAUCAUAUACUUCCUCGGCUAAAACAUGAUACCAUAUAUCUUCUUAUUUACAGGGAAUUAAGAGGACUCAGUGGCUUAGGCUCAGUUAAAGGAGCAUGUAAACCACGACGUAAUUGUUCACUUGUUACUUUGGUCAACAGAAGUUUGACGCUUCUUGCAAUUGCCAUAGCUCAUCAUUUAGGUCAUAAUUUGGGCAUGCACCAUGAUGAAUGGACAUGUACAUGUCCACAGCGUAAAUGUCUGAUGCAUAAUGAUAACCCACCAAUAGUUCAAUUUAGCAACUGUAGUUAUAAUUCUUUUUGGGAGUUCACUACAUGGCAGACACCAUGUUUGCUGGAAAAUCUAUAUGACAAGGAUAUAUUUGAUAGGAGAUACUGUGGCAAUGGUAUUGUUGAAAAAGAAGAGGAGUGUGAUUGUGGAUAUUUAAAAGCUUGUGCAAAAGACCCAUGUUGUUUGCCAAACUGCACUCUGAGUUAUGGGUCUACUUGUGCCUUUGGGUCUUGUUGUAAAGACUGCAGGUUUGCACCAGCAGGGGAAGUGUGUAGAAAAGAGGCCAAUGUAUGUGAUCUUCCAGAGUGGUGCAAUGGUACUUCCCAUAAUUGCCCAGAUGAUGUAUAUGUGGAAGAUGGAAUUCCCUGUAAUGAAAAUGCCUACUGCUACAAAAGAGAAUGUCAUGAACACAAUAAAAGUUGCAGGGAGAUUUUUGGACACAAGGCAAGAAGUGCAAAUGAGAUUUGCUACAAACAAGUGAAUUCUCAGGGUACUCGUUUUGGCCACUGUGGUAUCAGUGGUGCUAGUUAUGUAAAAUGUGAUGUCUCAGAUAUCCUGUGUGGACGACUUCAAUGUGACAACGUAGCAGAACUUCCACAUUUGAAUGAUCAUACCACGGUACACUGGACUCGCUUCAAUGAGACAAUCUGCUGGGGUACUGACUAUCACCAUGGGAUGAACAUUCCCGAUAUCGGUGAUGUCAAAGACGGCACAAAAUGUGAUAUAGAACAUCUCUGCAUCGAUAGGCAUUGUGUUCAUAUAUCCAGACUAGAUAGUAACUGUUCACCUGACUUCUGUAACACCAGGGGCAUCUGCAAUAAUAAGCAUCACUGUCACUGCAACUAUCUGUGGGACCCUCCAAACUGCUUGUUAAAAGGAUACGGAGGCAGUGUUGACAGUGGUCCACCUCCUAAGAGAAAGAGGAAGGAGAAGUUUUGUUAUCUGUGUUUAUUAGUCAACCUGACUCGAGCGCCCAAAGUCGACCUGGCUCGCGUGCCCAGAGCCAACACGAGAAACCAAGCCAUCAACACCAAUUCCAAAAACUCCAUUCCCAAAAAAGCCUUAAUUAAAAAUUCCUAUUCUGAUGUUAUUUGUUCUUCAUUAUUUUAA